UCUAGACUAUGAACCGAAGGUAAUUACAUAUCUAGCACUGAAUAGGAAACAUUUAGGAAAUUCUGUUGUCCAUCCAUACUGAAUCGCAAAAGGAAUGCAGAUAAGGUAUUCCCCCCCCCCCAAGAUUUUCUCUUAGCUUCUUUUCCAGGGAGAAAGGAAAAAAGACUAAUACCUAAGCAACUGCUUAAACAUUAAAUAUAAUAAGUGAGCCUUUGUGCAUUUCGAAUCUUGUUCUAUUCCCAAUGUUUCUCCCUUAAUUUAACUUUGAAUACAAUAAAUAAAACAUUUUAGGAAAUAACAGACUUGCUCUUUGUUAAAACAAGAUACCAAAAUGUACACAAACAUGACAUGUAAUGUGGGUACAAAAUGAAUUAAUUAAAAUCCUUAGGUUUAUGUGUUUUAUGUACGGAGUAUAUUUGAAAGAGAAAACCAUUUGAAAAGCAGGGAUUAAGGAUAUUGAUGUGUGAUUUUAGUAACUUUGAGCUAGCUAAAGAGGAAGGCUGGAAGCAGGGUAAUAGCUGCCUGCAGAUUUGUGGCUAUUGGCAUGCUGCCUGAAUGAAAAAGAACAAGUUCAGAUAAUAUAGGACCCACCAUCUUGCAACUGGCUUUCACUAGUCGGGACGAGAAUGGGUCAGACUUUCAUUUCAUGUGGGCCACUUACAUGCCUACUCUGCAUGGCCAGGUGAGACUGACAGAAAAGGUAAAUGAAACAAUAUUGAGACCUUGUUGUACCUCAAUACUUUGAUGUUCCUUUUUGUUCUCCUCACUUGGACAAGACUUCUGUUCCUGCUGAGCUUUCAUUGUGGUUUUGAAUAAGCCCAGGCAUUUUGUAGUGAUUGACCCUCUUGACUUUCCCUUUCAACUUCCUUUUAACCAAUGCCUUUGUUUUGAGGAAGUUUCCUCUUUUGUAAUCAAAUGUGAUGGUGUUGGAUUUUCUUGGCAAUUAUCUAUGCAUUGGUAACCCUCUAUAUAUCGGUAAUCCCUCCUGUUUUAGUUUGGCUUGGUGCUGCAAAAUAAAGGACCAGGGAGUAGCAAAAUGGCUGCGAGUUCCCCUCUGGGAUCUCGCAUGCUUGUGCAGUCUGCUCUUGUCUUUGUCAACCAGGCCAGGAAUAUAGGAAUAUAUGCAGUACUGUACUGUAUAUUCCUAUCAGGCAAUUCAUAGAGGACAUUAUGCAUUGUUUAGGCUACAGUCCUAUACAUACUUAAGAACAAGUCUAAUUGAACUCAUUGGAGUUUACAUCUGAGAUGUGUAUAGAUACUUGUUAGAAAUGGAUACCUAUGUAAAAUUCUAGACACUUUCUAGAAGUCAGACAUAGCCCCCUAUGCAAUUGUGAAAUUGAAUAAUUUAAAAAUAAAUAAAAUAUAUAAUGGCUAUAAGCGGGCCUGGACAAACUUGGAGUUUGUAAAAUUGGUUUGUGGAUUACGAUGCUAAUUUAAUAAAGUAAAUAACUUUUGAAAUUCCCAUUAAAGCUGCUGUUGAUGAUGAUAGAUAUGCUGCCCACCUGACAGGGUUACCCCAGCUACUCUGGGCAGCUUCCAACAAAUUAAAACACAGUAAGACAUCAAACAUUAAAAACUUCCUUAUACAGGACUGCCUUCAGGUGUCUUUUAAAAGUCGAAUAGUUGUUUAUUUCCUUUACAUCUGAUGGGAGGGCAUUCCAUCUUACUGUCUGCCUCACAUUCUGUAUACCCUGAAAGCUACCAAGUACAUGUACAACCAUUUAAAAAAAUGCUUAAUCUUUUAAUUUGGAAACUAACAUAUUACUCCACAGAGUGGGUGCCUGUAGCUUUGCUUCUUGCAGUGAGGGAACCGCUAGAAGGCCCUUUGCGCUGGACCUCAGUGUCUGGACAGAACGAUGGGGGACGAGACGCUCCUUCAGAUAACUCACUGUCUCUGAAGGGACCUCAUUUCUUAACUUUUUGAGAGCCAAGUGAUUGAGGAAAGGCCAUUACAAGCAGAAAGAAAGAAGUCCUCUUGCAAAAAUAGGAGAAAAGAGGAGCUGAAAGAAAUGUGGUCUGCAAUGCUGGAAUUGAUGCUCUGUACCACUCCAAUUCAAGGCUGAAAAUUAGAAAGGCUUUUUGAAGUCUGCAAAAGGAAGGUAUUAAGUCAUGAUGCAGGAAUCUGCGACAGAGACAAUAAGCAACAGUUCAAUGAAUCAAAAUGGAAUGAGCACUCUAAGCAGCCAAUUAGAUGCUGGCAGCAGAGAUGGAAGAUCAAGUGGUGACACGAGCACUGAAGUAAGCACAGUAGAACUGCUGCAUCUGCAACAACAGCAGGCUUUGCAGGCAGCCAGACAGCUGCUUUUACAGCAACAGACAACUGGGCUGAAAUCUCCCAAGAGCAGUGAUAAACAGAGACCAUUGCAGGUGCCUGUGUCAGUGGCCAUGAUGACUCCCCAGGUGAUCACCCCUCAGCAAAUGCAGCAAAUUCUCCAGCAACAAGUUUUGUCUCCGCAGCAACUUCAAGCACUUCUCCAGCAGCAGCAAGCAGUUAUGUUACAGCAGCAACAACUUCAAGAGUUUUACAAGAAACAGCAAGAGCAGUUACAUCUUCAGCUUUUGCAGCAGCAGCAGCAACAACAGCAGCAGCAACAGCAGCAACAACAACAACAGCAGCAGCAACAACAACAGCAGCAGCAGCAGCAGCAACAGCAGCAGCAACAACAACAACAACAGCAACAGCAGCAACAGCACCCAGGAAAGCAAGCAAAAGAGCAGCAGCAGCAGCAGUUGGCAGCCCAGCAGCUUGUCUUCCAGCAACAGCUCCUCCAGAUGCAACAACUUCAGCAGCAGCAACAUCUGCUGAAUCUUCAGCGUCAGGGACUCAUUUCCAUUCCACCUGGCCAGUCUGCUCUUCCUGUCCAGUCUCUGCCACAAGCUGGCUUAAGUCCUGCUGAGAUUCAGCAGUUAUGGAAAGAAGUUACUGGAGUUCACAGUAUGGAAGACAAUGGCAUUAAGCAUGGAGGGCUAGACCUCACUACUAACAAUUCCUCUUCUACUACCUCCUCUACCACUUCCAAAGCAUCGCCACCAAUAACUCAUCAUUCCAUAGUGAAUGGACAGUCAUCAGUUCUAAAUGCAAGACGAGACAGCUCAUCACACGAGGAGACUGGAGCCUCUCAUACUCUCUAUGGCCAUGGAGUUUGCAAGUGGCCUGGAUGUGAAAGUAUUUGUGAAGAUUUUGGACAAUUUUUAAAGACUACCUGUGUGAAUAUGUGGAUAAAGACCCAUCCUUUCAUGUUCGUAAAUCCAAGGCACCUUAAUAAUGAACAUGCAUUGGAUGACAGAAGCACUGCUCAGUGUCGGGUGCAAAUGCAGGUGGUCCAGCAAUUAGAAAUACAGCUUUCUAAAGAACGGGAACGUCUUCAGGCAAUGAUGACCCACUUGCACAUGCGACCCUCGGAGCCCAAGCCAUCUCCAAAACCUCUAAAUCUGGUGUCCAGUGUCACUAUGUCUAAGAACAUGUUGGAGACUUCCCCUCAGAGCUUACCUCAAACUCCCACCACACCAACGGCCCCAGUCACUCCAAUUACCCAGGGACCCUCAGUAAUCACCCCAGCCAGUGUACCCAAUGUGGGAGCCAUUCGAAGACGACAUUCCGAUAAAUACAACAUUCCCAUGUCAUCAGAAAUUGCCCCAAACUAUGAAUUUUAUAAAAAUGCAGAUGUCAGACCUCCGUUUACUUAUGCAACUCUCAUAAGGCAGGCUAUCAUGGAAUCAAGUGACAGACAGUUAACACUCAAUGAAAUUUACAGCUGGUUUACACGGACAUUUGCCUACUUCAGGCGCAAUGCAGCCACUUGGAAGAAUGCAGUACGACAUAAUCUUAGCCUGCACAAGUGUUUUGUUCGAGUAGAAAAUGUUAAAGGAGCAGUAUGGACAGUGGAUGAAGUAGAAUACCAGAAGCGAAGGUCACAAAAGAUAACAGGAAGCCCGACGUUAGUGAAAAACAUACCCACCAGCUUAGGCUAUGGAGCAGCACUUAACGCAAGCUUACAGGCUGCGCUGGCAGAGAGUAGUUUACCUUUGCUUGGUAACCCCGGAUUGAUAAAUAACGCAUCCAGUGGCUUACUACAGGCAGUCCAUGAAGACCUCAAUGGUUCGCUGGAUCACAUUGACAGCAAUGGAAACAGCAGCCCAGGCUGCUCUCCUCAGCCUCACAUACACUCAAUCCAUGUCAAGGAAGAGCCAGUGAUUGCUGAGGAUGAAGACUGUCCAAUGUCCUUGGUGACAACAGCGAAUCACAGUCCAGAAUUGGAAGAUGAUAGAGAAAUUGAAGAAGAGCCUUUAUCUGAAGAUCUGGAAUGAACAGAGACUUUGAAACCUCAAAAUGAAGGGACAUAUCACUGACCUUCAUAACCACUCCACAACCAUGAAUAUUUGACAAAUUUUUACUGUGACUAUUUAUUAAGCAUGGAUAAAGGAGAAACAAUCCUAAAGGAACUCAUUAAACCAGCCCUUUGGGAAUCCGGUUACAAACAGGCAAAUAGCUUGUUUUUUCUUUCUUUUCUUUCUUUUUUUAAAAAAAGAGAAACUGAUUUUCGGGGAAGGGGGAAAAUAAACUGUUUAUAUAUAAUGGCUUGCCCAUUUAAAAAAAAUGUGGCUAUCAAGAGUUCAUGAAAUGACUGAAUAUGAGGAUACAUGUUCUAUAGAAAGCAAAUGGGCCUCAUAUACUGCCAAAAAUAGUGUUAGUUUCAUCAAUGUGAAAAUUCCAGCAUACAGUAGUUGUAAUAAUGUUAGAAACAAUUGCUGGUCAAGUUCAACUUGUUGCUAUUGUUUUUAAUUUGCACAGGAGUAGUAUCAGAAAUUAGUGUCACUGCUUGUAUCUAGCUGAAUUUUGAACAACAGAACAUUAGUUUUUUAUGUUGGUGCCACCAACUGUAAAUGACAUAAGUUAGUUAUAAACAAACCACAGUAAUUAGACUGUUGCAACCAUCUAAAAACCUUUUUAAGCUUCCAGUCUGUGCUGUUAGUGUUAAGAUGUAAAGUGCAAUCCUAAGCUAACAUUGUCUGUGCAAGCACCAUAGAAACAUUUGCAUAUCUGCAUAUUAUCUUACAACUGUACUCUUUACCUCCUUGUGAUAAAGCUUUGUCUACCUGCAAACACAGUCAAAGGCUACAGCUGCAAACCAAAGCCUACUCUAACAAUGGCCAAUAGCUCAAUGACAGAAGCAGCCACAUGCUUUGGUCAGCCUUCUGUAACUUUAAUUAGUACAAAGGAACCUUUCCAUGAACUACCUGCUGUUUUCUGACGACCUCUGGGAUCUUUUCAUUUUAGCCCUAUACCAAGAAACAAAUAUGGGGGGGAGAAGUCAAUUUUGUCAUAGUGUAAUCUUCUGAGGCCAAAAGUCAAUCUUAAGUGCAGUGAAGAUUUGCUUUCAUUUUUAAGACAAAGGUGGGAAUGAAGUGCGGGCAGAAGUUACGAUAGAAAGCAACAAAUAUGGAUCACUGACCAAAACAAUUAUGUACUUGAUGCAAAUGCAGAUUGCAUAUUGUUAUGUAAAAUAUGUUUUUUUUUAAUUAUGUUCCCUCCCCAUUCAGACCGGUUUCCCCCCUCCCCUGUGGUGAAUACAUGUUGUUAGAAUAAGUCUUGUAUGGUCUUAAUCUUCGUUGUGUGCUAUUUUUUAUAGUCUUAAGUUAUAAUGACAAAAAAGUAGGAACCAAACAUAAAAAGGUCUAGUAAAGCCAAAAAUUAAUUUCAUAUUGAUUUAAAGUAAUCUAGGUGAGUUUUUACACUGAAAGCAAAGAUUAUAGCAAUUGUACUCCAUGGUAUUUAUUUUCAGUCAAACCAAAGUUACAUAUGAUUCUGCCUCUGUUUAUACGGGAUACUAACACUAACAAUACACUCCCUUUGGAAGACUUGCACAGGCCAAAUUGUUGGAAUGCUCUCUCUCUCUCUCUCUCUCUCUCUCUCUCUCUCUCUCUCUCUCUCUCUCUCUCUCCUUUCCUCUCUUUUCCUUUCCUUUCCUUUCUCUUUUGACAACUCCAAACCCAAAAAUACAACAAUACAUUAAUGGUGUAGUUAAAAAUAGCAUAGUCAGUCAGAUGUUUGCUUGAAUCCUAGAAACUUUACGUGUUGCUUUUCAUGUGCUGUGCCAAGUCUUGAUAAUACUUUCCCCCCCAACCAAGGGACCUCAUAACCUGAUUAUGGUUAUUGCUUUACAAACAGUUUUUUCCACAGAAGGUGACUGCUGGAGCUUAGCAUAGGUACCAGUUCCAUGUGAUGGGCCUGGGUCUUGCAAACUAAGCUCAUUGUGUUCUUUGCUGAAAUCAGCAAAUAGACUUAAAGAGAAACACAGUCAUCUAUCACGCCAAAUAAAAGGACAAAAUGGCUUUCGAAAGGGUUUUCCCACUUACCCAAAAGGCUUUCUGAAAGCUUCUACCUCUGCAAAAGAAAACAAAAAAACAAAAAGAAAUUAGAACAAUUAUGGCAGAUUGCAUGAAUUGUGAGAGAAAGUCACAGUAACUGCUACUUUUCAUUAUGUUUGUCUUUGGGUCAUGAUAACAGAAGGUUUAUAGUAAUUACAUCAAAAGAAAGAUUUACCAUGUGAAUGAUGGGGGUUUUCCCCCCCAGUCGCCUAGGAUCCCUAAUGUGGGGAUGACCUGAAAGGAACUAAUGUUUCUUUCAAGUGUAUGUUCAAAAGACUUUGAUGGGCUGGAAGUAAAUGUGAUAAUUGGACCAUCAAGGUGGUGGCCUAAGACUACAAUGCUAAAGUAUGCAUACCUCAGUUACAAACCUUUUUGAAAGGAAGUCUCAGCCACAGAAUGCAUAUACCUGUAGAGUUUUGCAUGGGUUUUAUAUAAAUACAAUUUAAUGAAAAAAAAUAGCUGCUUGCACAUUAUACCAGAAAAACCUCCAAAACUGCAAUUGCUUUGAAAAAUAGACUUUAGGUUUUUUUGGAGUUUUCUGAGAUGCUUGGUCUGUAUUUUGAUAAUUGUGCAUAUUAUGUAAAAAUGUUGGUGGACCCAUAAAUGACCAGACUUUUUCUAAGAAAAAUGUUGCUUUAAUGCAUUUCAUGAAUUUUUACUCUGAUAUCAUUGCUUGCUAGUAAUAGCAAACCUGCUUUUUCUGCAUCUGCUUUGCGUAGCUAUUGUAAGGCUUUGAACUAAUGUAUGUAUUUAUUGCUUGAACUUCUGUGCAUACCUUAUAAAGCAUAAUGUCUGACAAUUUAAAUGGCUCAUGUAUUCUUGCUUCUAUCAUAAGCUGAUAAUGGGGACUAUGACCUUUUGUAUACAGCAAAUUUUAACUGUAGCACAAACAUUUGUUUAUGUAUUGGUGGAAUAUACCUGUUUUAUUUAUCUUUUUUGAGGUAAACUAAUUUUUGAUACUUUUCAUUACUGUGUACUGUGUUCAUACCUUGAAUUCUCUGACGUUAGAAGUCAUGGUUGAGAAUUGUAACAGCUGUUGUUCGUUCUGUAUUCAUGGCUCUCACUGCUGAAUAAAAUAAAGGACCAAACCUAGGAUUUGAAAGAAAACUGUCUACCUCUAACACCAGGGAGUUAUCAGAUUUUAUUUUACAUAGUUUUAGUCUACAAAGACACAAUUGCUUAAACCUAGUGGGCUUAAGGCUUAUAUUCUGUGUGGUUGAAUUCAUGGCACAGUUGUACUGUUUGAAAAUCAAUUAAAAUUUCAUGUGAAUGUUACAAGCAUUAGGUAGAAUUACCACUAACUGGGUUUUCUUUGGAUAACUCAGAGAUGGGGAAGUGAUCAUCAGCAUUCUGUGUCUACAGCUGCUUAACUUCAUAAGAAUGCAUUUCUUUGUGAUUAGGGAAUCGAAGCAUAGCCAGCUAGGAACGGAGCAACUGAGCUAUACUUUAAAAGAUAAACCAGGAUGGACUUUAAUGUCCCCGGUCACAAUCAGUCGCAAGCUCCCAUAGUCUGUUUUACUCAGAUUCCUCAAAUUGGGCAUUCACAUUUUGGAGAAUUUACUUCAGGAUUUAGACUACACAUUCCAAUACUAGUGUACAUUUUUGGAAAGCUAGUGUUAUUACUGCUUAUAAAGCACACUUUCACCCUUGUUACUUCAAGAGUUCAAAUCGGAAUGGGUUUUGUCCAUAAAAAUCAGGCAUAUUUAACAAAAAAAAAGAUGUAAAUUUUACUAUAGUAUUAAUGUAAACAGUGUUUUCACUGCUGCUGGAUGUAAAAAAUGUAAAUGAAACCAUUUCAUUCACUUGCUUAAGUUUCUGGUGUAUAAAUAAAAUGUCUAAUUCUUUUUGACCCAUUUAUAACCCACAAGGUUUUAUUUUUUUAUUUUAUUUUUUCUCCUUGGAAGUUCAUUCUUCCACCCUGCGAACUCAUCAGUUCAUAUGUGUUUAUUUAGGAGUUAUGUAAUAUUUGACAGAUUUGUUACAGAGGUGUUUGUAGGUAUCCCAAGGGCUCUGAAAGCAAGACUAACAGACAAG